AUGCCCAAAGAAAAGUCUGUCAAUCCCGCGCAAGCCCAGCGCAAAGCUGAAAAGGCAAAGGCUAUCAAAAAAGGCAAGGCCUCUCUACAAGCUCAGAAAAAUGAACGACUCGCCAAAAAGAAUCCACAACGUCUACAAGCCCAACUCGAUGACCUCAAAAAGAUAGAAAGUUCUGGUGGAAAACUCACAAGUCAUGAACGGUCAUUGAUAGACGGAUUAGAGAAGGAAAUAAAAGCUGUAAACAAAGCGCGUGAGGCUUUGGGUGAUGCAGCACCCCAGUUUUCACAUUCGAGAGGUGGAUUUGGUGGGGACAGGGGAGGAAGAGGGGGUUUUGGUGGAAGAGGUGGUGGCGGUGUUUUGGGGAAAAGGAGAAGGGAUGGGGGAAUGGAGGAGGAGAGCAGUGACUCAGAUGUAGAUGAGGAGGUUAAGAGGAUACCGAUGCCGAGAGAUACACCACCUCCUUUCCCGAAAGAAGUGCUGGAUAAAUGGUAUGCGGCGCGUCGAGCACGGUAUCAGGCACAAAAUCAAAAUCAAAAUGACGAGAGGAGUGGAGGCACAAAUGCAAAUUCUACGCCGUUGGGAGGAAAGGAUCGUGGAGACUUUGGUGGUCAGGAUUCUGGAAGUGGUAAGAAGGUGCAGCAGGAAGUUAAGACGGUAUAUGAAGCGAAACCACAAAUACGAGAUUUAAGAAAGGAGGCUGUAGCUUUUGUACCGGCGGCUGUGAGGGCAAAGAUGCAGAAAGGGAAAGGAGAAGGCGGAUUAAUGGAACCGGAAGAGAUGGAAAGGUUAGAGAAAGAAGGUUAUAUUGCUGGCAGUGGUGGGCAAAGGGAAGAUGCUGGGGAUAGUGGACAAAUGAAUGUAGAGAUGGAGGAAGUGGUGGAUGAGGAUUAUGCCUAG